AAUCCAAGAUGGCUGACACGCGGGGUCGUGCAUCGUCUCCAAUACGAGCAAGGAACCGUUCUCGAGAUCGAGAACGAGAAAAAGACAAAGAACAGGAAAAAGAGCGAGAAAAAAAUGACCAGAAGCCUACGAUUGAUAGGGAAAAGACCUGCCCGCUGCUUCUCAGAGUGUUUUGUAACCAAGGCCGACAUCACAGGUUAGAUGAAUAUUCCAGGACAGCUUUACCAUCAAACGAACUCCAAGUGUACACAUGGAAAGAUGCAACUUUGAAAGAGCUCAUGAGUCUUGUCAAGGAAGUCAAUCCUGAUGCAAGGCGCAAAGGCACAAUAUUUGACUUUGCCAUUGUAUUUCCAGAUGCUCGUCGUGGUGGAUUCAUCAUGAAAGAAAUUGGUUCAACUGCAGCAGGGCGUAAAGGGGCUGAUGACACUGUCACACUAGAGUCUAAAAAGUUUCAAAUAGGAGAUUUCAUUGAUGUUGCUAUUCAGACUCCAAGGAUGGCAAGAAGAGAUAGACCCUAUUGAUAAUAACACAAACAUUUCUGUGAUUUUUGCUUGUUUGUAGAUAUGUUAAGAUAGGGGGUCUGCAAAGACAUUUCAUGUGUUUUUAUGCAAUAUUGGUGUCUAUGAUAAUUUUGAUAUUUUAUUUUAUUCUUUCUGUGAACUUGAUAUAUUUUUCCCCUUUUUUUGAAAUGUAAUGAAGAAGAAAGGGUGUAUAAAACUGCUAUUCUGAAGAAACAAAUUUCCUCAUGGGUGAAAAAGCUGUCAAUGCCCUAAGUUGUGCAUUUUUACUCUUAGAUCCUCUGAAAUAGAGUUUUGUAACUUUGGAAUAGGUUUUGUUCUCAUCUUAAUAAAACCCAGUUUAAAGCUGAUUUAGUAAGCCUACUUUGAUACUUUAACAGAGCUCUUAAUUUUGGUAACACUUGGUAACCCAACACCACCAACUGAUCCUGCACGGCUUGCUGGAGAUCUUGGCGAUAUGCUUGGUCCUCCUAAUCCUCUGGCAGUAGACUUGGAUCGUGCUUGUUGGGAACUUUUCAUGAGAGGAAUCUGAUUAAAGCUUUGAAUUGGAAGACCUACAUCUGGGUUGAUUCUGUAAUUGUGCACUUUAGCUGUGGAAUAUUUGUACUAUGUUAAAAAGGGCAUUUUUU